AUGAACGGAGACAAUUAUUCCGCCAGGGAGACCGGGCGGUCAAGAGACCACCAUGGUUCGAGGUACGAUCGCGACGACCGCAGGGAUCGAGGCGGCGACCGAGACCGAAACCGAGAUCGAGGGGACCGAAGGCGUUCGAGAUCUCCACACCAUCGAUCGUCGCGACGCGACUACGACGGCGACACAUACUCGUCCAGCCGGGACUAUCGAGCUCGGGAACGAGAAGACAGAUAUGGAUCGAGACGGGAUGAGCGGGAGUGGGACAGAGGAGAACGAGGCCCGCGACGUCGAGACGAUGACCGGCCGCCCAGGAGAGACCGCGAUCUGUUCGACGACAGAAGAGGUGGGGGUGGCGGCGGCGGCGGUGGUGGUAGGCGGGAUCGAGACGGUGGUGGUGAUCGAGGCGGACGAGAAGACCGCGACGAAUUCGCCGCCCAAGCCCGCGGACGCAGGAACAGUCCGCCUCCCAAGAAACGCGAACCUACUCCCGAUCUUACGGACGUCGUGCCCAUUCUGGAGCGCAAGAGGAGAUUAACGCAAUGGGACAUCAAGCCGCCUGGUUACGAGAACGUCACGGCCGAACAAGCCAAGAUGUCAGGCAUGUUCCCCCUGCCAGGUGCACCUCGCCAACAGCAGAUGGACCCGAGCCGACUACAAGCAUUUAUGAACCUCCCGUCGAGCAGCUCCAACAACACCGCGCUGAAACCGUCCAAUUCCCGACAAGCUAGGCGGCUUUUUGUCCACAACCUGCCGGCAUCUGUUUCGGAAGAAGCACUUGUCCAGUUCUUCAAUCUGCAACUCAAUGGUCUGAAUGUGACAAAAGCGGUUGACCCUUGCGCGCAGGCCAAUAUUGCCGAAGACCGAAGCUUUGCGCUGGUCGAGUUCAAGAACGCCUCGGAUGCUACGCUCGCGUUGGCCUUGGACGGCAUUACUAUGCCAGAACACCAUUCCGAAAUGAAUGGUAAUGGCGACGCGAACGGGAACGGGACUGCGGCUCCCAAAGGAUUGGAGAUUCGACGGCCGAAAGACUAUAUCGUCCCCUCGGCCGAUGAAGCCACGUACGCAGAAGGCGAAAUCUCAUCAGAGGUGCCUGACACGGCGAACAAGUUGGCAGUGACCAACUUGCCGCCUUUCUUGACCGAUGAUCAGGUCAUUGAGCUGCUCAAAGCAUUCGGCGAGGUGAAGGCGUUUGUUCUGGUUCGAGAACCCGAUUCCCAAGAAUCAAGGGGCAUCGCCUUUUGCGAGUAUGCCGACCCAGCAUCUACCGCUGUCGCCAUCGAAGGUCUGAACGGAAUGGACCUAGCCGGAAACUCCAUCAAGGUGACCCGAGCCAGUAUUGGCUACCAACAAGCGGCGGGUCUCGAUAUGGGCGUCAAUGCCAUGUCCAUGUUCGCCGGAACCACUUCCGACGCCCACGACGAGGGCCGCGUGCUGCAGCUGCUCAACAUGGUCACCCCUGAGGAUCUCAUGGACAAUGAUGAUUACGAAGAAAUCUGCGAAGAUGUCAUGGAAGAAUGUUCCAAGUACGGCAAGAUUCUCUCGAUGAAGAUCCCCCGUCCCUCGGGCGGCAGUCGCCAAUCCGCGGGUGUGGGCAAGAUCUUUUUGAAGUACGAGGACGCAGAGUCGGCGAAGAAGGCCCUGCAGGCUCUGGCGGGUAGGAAGUUUGCUGAUCGGACGGUCGUGACGACUUAUUUCGACGAGGUAUGUUUUGUCACCCCGCUCUGA